CAGAAUUCACAGAACAUUGAAUACUUUAUAAAUUGUAAGACUCUAGCUACUCAAGGGGGGUUGCUACUUAUAUUUUUAUGCACUUUUUGGUACUCUUGUUUUCUGUCGAUACUCCUUCCUAAUAGUCAAAAGUGUACAUAAACCAAAAGUUUGUGUGUGUAUAUUAUCGUUCUUCAUUCUAAUGCUGACUGUAACCAUUAUUAUUUUUUUGUGUUAUGAACAAAGUCAAAAGGUGGAGUUAGGUUUGAAUCCUUUUUCGUUGUUAUAUAUAUGCCAACUUCCUUUUCACAAUAUUUUAGAGUAUCGGUUUCAAGACAUGGCCUGUGAGAGAGAGUUCCAAAUGGCUGUCCUUCUGACAUUUGUCAUGAUCUGGACACCCAUGUUUGUUCUCAGUGAUUGUCCAUUACAGGACUUUCUAGAGCACUCUGUCUCCAUUCUCCAACUCAACCAUAUAAAUAAAUGCAAUUAAAAUCUCAAUCUCCACUUCACCACCUUACAGCCUCUCUUCUUUCACACACAACUUUGGUGCAACAAUACAAUGAUAGAUUCAAAUCCACCACUCGUGCAACACUAUGGGGCACUUGUGAGAAACUCUGGUGAAGAAGCCAAAAAGGCUAAAAGUUUUAAUGAUCAAAAUCAUCCUUUAGUGGAUGCAUGUGACCUACCCUUGAUAGACCUUAGUGGCCUUAAAAGUUCUAAUGAAAGAGAAAGGAAGGCUUGCACUGCAGCAAUAUGCAAGGCAGCAUCAGAAUGGGGAUUUUUUCAAGUGGUGAAUCAUGGUAUAAGCCAUGACUUGCUAAGAAAAAUGAGAGAGGAACAAGUGAAGUUGUUUGAAGUACCGUUUGAGAAGAAAGUUACUUGCGGGCUUCUAAAUAACCCAUAUAGGUGGGGGACACCAACAGCUACUCGUUCAAAACACUUCUCAUGGUCUGAAGCUUUCCACAUUCCUCUCACCAUGAUCUCAGAAGCUGCUUCCUGGGGUGAAUUCACUUCUUUGAGGGAAGCAAUAAAUGAGUUUGCACCAGCGAUGUUAGAAGUAUCUAGGUUGUUGGCCAGCAUUCUAGCACAAAACCUGGGCUACCCGGAGGAUGCACUUGAAAAACUCUGUGAUGCUGGCACAUGCUUUCUGCGAUUAAAUCACUAUCCAUGCUGCCCAAAAUCUAAAGAUGAAAUUUUUGGAUUAGUUCCUCACACUGACAGCGAUUUUCUUACUAUCCUUUAUCAAGAUCACGUCGGUGGACUCCAACUCAUGAAAGAUUCCAAAUGGGUCGCUGUAAAACCAAACCCAGAUGCUCUCAUUGUUAACAUUGGGGACCUUUUUCAGGCUUGGAGUAAUGAUGAGUACAAAAGCGUGGAGCACAAGGUUGUGGCAAAUAACAAAAUGGAAAGAUACUCCAUAGCAUAUUUCCUAUGUCCUUCUUACAGUACUGUCAUAAACGGCUGCAAAGGACCUUCUGUAUAUAGGAAGUUCACGUUUGGAGAAUACAGACACCAAAUUCAAGAAGAUGUCAAGAAAAUAGGACACAAAAUUGGACUAUCAAGAUUUCUACUUUAAGAUACAUGCGCACAUUUGGAUAAAGCAUCAACCAUCAUUUAAAUGGAGGGACUAAUAUUAUUAUUUUGCCUUUGCAGUAAUAGAGAAAAAGGUAGUUUCAAUAUUCUUUUUUUUUAUAAAUAAAGUUUUUCUGUUUAGAUGCAAUAUAUGUAAGAAAAAGAGAACAGAGCCAGAUAAAAAAAAGGUGGUGGUUUAUGAUACAGCCAGUUAGAAGCACCUGAAUAAAAAAGUGUUUUUCUUUCCUCA